UAAGUCAGGACUCGACCGGGGACAUCAGUCAGACAUCCAUCCCAGGCGGAGGACAUUAGGCUACAGGUGCGCGGCGCUCAUCCCUAAAAAACCAGCAGCGAUGCAUCACUCCCUGUUCCCACUGUGCGUCCUGGGACUCCUCGCGCUCUCCUCCGCCUGUUACAUCCAGAACUGCCCCCGAGGAGGGAAACGGGCUCUGCCGGAGACUGGGAGACAGUGCAUGUCUUGUGGCCCUGGAGACCGGGGCCGCUGCUUCGGACCCAGUAUCUGCUGUGGGGAGGGCCUGGGCUGCCUGCUGGGCUCCCCAGAGACAGCUCACUGUGUGGAGGAGAACUACCUGCUCACCCCCUGCCAGGCAGGAGGGAGACCCUGUGGAUCUGAGGGAGGACGCUGUGCUGCUUCAGGACUCUGUUGUAACUCAGAGAGCUGUGCGGUAGACUCUGACUGCCUGGGGGAGACCGAGGCCUCAGAUCCUGCCCACGGCCCUGCAGGGAGCUCACCUGCAGAACUGCUGCUCCGCCUCCUGCAUGUGGCCACCAGAGGACAGACUGAGUACUGAUACUGGACCUGUGGAGGUUUCUCUGCUCCUCAGGGUCCUGGAGGUGCAACAGAAAUGAAAAUAAUCUCUUUUCAACUAUAAACCUUGAGAUUCAAACCAAUAAAAUACCAAGUCAAACUUUGUUCUCUCUUAA